AUGCCAAAAGUCGCUAUUGUCAUCUACACCUUGUACGGACACGUUGCUGCGCUAGCUGAAGCCCAAAAAAAGGGUGUUGAAGCAGCCGGUGGUGAAGCCGAUAUCUUUCAAGUUCCUGAGACGCUGAGUGCAGACGUUGUCAAGGCCUUGGGCGGACAACCAAAGCCAGAUUAUCCAAUUGCUACUAGAGAGACUUUGGUUGAGUACGAUGCCUUUUUGUUCGGUAUUCCAACUCGUUUUGGUAACUUCCCAGCGCAGUGGAAGGCUUUCUGGGAUGCCACAGGUGGUCUAUGGGUCAAAGGUUCUUUGCAUGGCAAAGUUGCAGGUGUUUUCAUUUCCACGGGUACCGGCGGUGGUAACGAAGUCACCGCUGUGAACUCUUUGUCCGUUUUGGCUCACCACGGUAUCAUUUUCGUUCCUUUAGGUUACAAGAAUGUUUUUGGGCAACUCACGAACCUCGAAGAGGUUCAUGGUGGAUCUCCAUGGGGUGCUGGCACCAUCGCCGGCGCAGAUGGCUCCAGAAAGCCAUCUGCGCUCGAGUUGGAAAUCAACGAAAUUCAAGGCAAGACUUUUUACGAGACGGUCCAGAAGUUCUAA